CAAUGGCUUUCCUUAAGAAAUACAGUUUCGAUGGCAUUGUCCUCGAGUUCACCAACGGCUGGUCCAUCGACUAUAUGGAGAAAUACAUCAAAUUGGUGACUGUCCUCAAGGAGGACUUCAAGGCCAGUGGAUACGUGUUGGGCUCCGUGUUGGCCGCCCAGCUCCCUGGUUAUGAAAUCAAGAAAGUGAUCGAGCAAGUGGACUUUAUUUCCGUGAACACCUUUGACUAUAAUGGACCCUGGCACGAAAGUCCCCCGCAAACCCCGACUGGCCAUGGUGCCUCGUUGACUGAUAUCCAAGCAUCCAUGACAAUAUGGGGUGACCAAAUUGACAAGGCACAAAUGAGCAAGCUACUGAUAUCACUCCCAUUUUAUGGACACACCUGGAAACUCGCUGACCCUACUGACCACAGCGUCGGUGCCAAAGCUAGUGAUAAGGGUCCUGCUCAACCAUUCACUAAUUCAUCCGGAUUAAUUGGCUGGAACGAGUUGAUGUUAAAAAUGAAAGAUGGUGGCUUGAUCAUGGAGGAGGACAAGGUUGCUGGCUCAGUUUACUUUUAUAAGGAUGACCUAUGGGCUACCGCUGAGGACGAGGCGACCAUUAAGGCUAAGACCAAUUGGGCGACGACUGAGGGCUUCGGAGGGGUCACCGUUAGGGCCAUAAAUUACGACGACUUUAACGACCAGUUCGAUCAGUUGCCUAAACAGAAAGGCACCGACAAGUCGCUGGUAGCCAUCGGUGGGUUCACUCACGCCUCGGAGAUCGUGGCCGCACUCGACAACCCCUCCCUGUUCUCGAAGAACUCAAUGGCUUUCCUUAAGAAAUACAGUUUCGAUGGCAUUGUCCUCGAGUUCACCAACGGCUGGUCCAUCGACUAUAUGGAGAAAUACAUCAAAUUGGUGACUGUCCUCAAG